AUGGCUGAAGUUUUGAGAAAAUGUAAAAUUAUUAUCUGGGAUGAAUGUACAAUGGCCCACAAGCAUUCGCUUGAAGCUCUCGACAGGUCCCUAAAAGAUAUCAAAGAUAAUGCUCAGCUUUUUGGUGGUGCUCUACUGCUGCUGUCAGGUGAUUUCAGACAAAUAUUACCCGUCAUUCCACGUGCGACAUAUGCGGACGAAAUAAACGCAUGUUUGAAAGAAUCUUAUCUUUUGCGAAGUGUCAGUAAAUUAUGCCUUACUCUCAAUAUGCGUGUUCAACUUCAAAAUGAUCCAUUAGCGUCAAGAUUCUCUGAACAACUGUUAGACAUUGGCUAUGGUAAAAUUCAAUUGUAUGAAGAUACACAAUAUAUUCGACUCCCACAGAAUUUUUGCAACAUGGUGCCUACCAAAGAGGAGUUAAUAAAAAGUAUCUUUCCAUAUUUGCCACAUAAUUAUACUAAUCAUGCAUGGCUACAUGAGCGAGCUAUUUUAGCCGCAAAAAAUUUAGAUGUUGACGCAAUCAAUUUUAAAGUACAACAAUCAUUGACUGGUAGUGAAAUUGCAUUCAAAUCGAUUGACACUGUUGUUGAUCCUGAUGAAGUUGUCAACUAUCCUGCCGAGUUUUUAAAUUCACUGGAUUUACCUGGAAUGCCACCCCAUUAA